UCGUCCUCAGGUUUCUCGUUCAGAUCAAAAGGAUUUUCAUUUAAAUUUAUCUGUUGUAUGUAAUUCUCGGGAAUUUUGUUUGACUCUUCUACCACAUUCUGAUUUUGCUCGCCCACAUUAGUUUCUUUGUCGUUGUUACUUUCUUCCAUCCCUUGAUUAAAAUGAUAUCUCUCGGACUGAAUGCUCUCAUUCAGAUCAAAAGGAUAUUCAUUUAAAUCUAUCUGAUUCAUGUUUGCUUCUUCAACAACAGAUUGAAUUUGCCCAUCAAAUUGGUCUCUGUUUCUUCACAUUCUUCCUCCUCUUGGUUAAAAAUAUUUCCUUCUUCAUGCUGAAUGCUAUCUUCGUAAACUACUGGCAAUUUACCUUUAUUUCUAACAUCAUCGUUGUGUGCUUUCACUGGCUUUUAACUAAAGUGACACCACUACUCAACACUUUCAAACCAACAAUCUUUUAUAAAAUAAAAUUUAUCUUAUCUUCGACAUUUUCACAGGAAAAAUUUUUUUAUUCUAAAAUUAAAAUGGAAAUUUUUAAUCUGUUCUUUCAUAAUUUCAUCAUAUUUUCAUUCUUUUAGGUUUUUAAAAAACAUCAUCAUUUUCGUUCUCAGGCUUCUCGUUCAGAUCAAAAGGAUACUCAUUUAAAUUUAUCUGAUUGAUGCAUUUCUCGGGAAUAUUAUUUGGCUCUUCUACCACAUGUUGAUUUUGAUCAUUCACAUAAGUUUCUGUUUCCUCCUCCUCUCGAUUGAUAACAUUUUCUUCUUCAGACUGAAUCCCCUCUUCGUAAACUAUUGGCAAUUUACCUUUAUU